AUGAUGCAUGUCAAUGCUCCCGUUUGUUCGAUUUCAGACUGCAUUCAAGUGCACAAGAGUACUGCAGUCAAUGUCCUUGCUAAUGCCAAGAAUGAGGUUGAAUUAUCCUGCGUUGUAAAGCGGUCCUGCGAAAACCUUUCAGUAAGUUUUACCUCCCAGCUUCGGGCACUUCAGCCCACAAUCAUAUGCGCGUAAUAGCGAAUCAGCGUGGAGGUUAUUUGCUCAGGUGGAUAUUGCAUUUCAAUCUUAAUGCUGUUCUAGCGGCCGCAUUGCGAGCCUUCAGUAGAAUUCCUGCAGUUGUGUAGACUGACAAUGAUUAACAAACAGCACAAAAUUCAUAGCCGGUAAACUAUUUUCUGCAAAUCCCUGUUGUGCUCGGUUUAACAACGUGGAAGUUCUCAUUUGCAUGACAAUCCAUUUAGACUGCACGGUAAGAUGUGGCUAUGUAGCCGUACCUGGUGGAUACAGUACUGUUGGCCAACUUAAUUAUUGGGAGUUGGUGUAGUUACGUUGACACGGUGUUGCUGUGUUCUGUUGGCGGUCUUGUUUCUUUGUUUUGCUGUCCACCUUUUUCGGCCCAAUGCCGGUGGUCCUUCUUGUCUUCCGGCCUGUCGUCUCCCUCCAACUUUGGCGUUAGAUGUUUCAGGGUUAGGGUUAGGGAGCUAGGGCUUAGGGUCAGGGUUAAGGUUAGGGUAAGGGAUUAGCGUUAGGGGGCUAGGGAUAGGGGUUGUAGUUGAGGGUUGGGAUUAGAGUCAGGGGUUGAGACUACUAUCUCUCAUCCACCCAAGGUGCAACUGCGCAUUCCCAAUAGCUUUUCUUUUGCAUGCAACUACUUGACCUCGUCACCUGUGCGUUCCCCAACCCCAACUGUAAAAACAUCUGUUACCACCGGUACCGUAUUACAGGUGGCCGGGGUUUGAUUACCUCAGGUGUGGCUACAUAACCACAUCUCACCGACUGCACCUAUAACUUAACGUCCUCUUGAGGACGGCAGUCGUACCUUCUUUAAAGUUUUUAUGGUAGUUGAUUCUAGUCUUAAAUUUAAAAGAAUAUCAGUGACUAUAACGUAAAAAAUAGUUAACAGGGACUGUUACCAAUUAUAAUCAGCCGGUAGGACUUACUUAUACGGCCCUCUAAACAGGGCAUGGGCGCAGGAAGCGCCUGCAAUAGGGGUGGCUUUGAGCCAACUUCCAGUGAAAGUAGGGUUAGUUUGGGGAUUGAUUUUAAGUCUAGAUUUAAAUUUAACGGUAAAUUCAGUUAUGAUCAAGUUCUUGGAUUAAGGUGGGACUGAUGUUUACUGCGGGGUUAAGGUUUAGAGCAGGGGUAGGGUCAAGACUCGGGCAAUGACUAAGUUUUAUUUUAAGGCUAUUUUGGCCUCAGAUGACGGGAAUAUAUUUUCCUUUCCGAAAUUAUGGGCUGGUCCAUCUUUAUUACUUUUAUGGGGUAUACCUAUUCCUAUGUCCUGUUUGGGGGGCCAUAAACAUACUUAAGCAGCCAAAUGAACAACUUAGUCGGUAAUGAGGGCGGUGGGACUAACGAGUGAUGCCGAAUAAUGUUGAUUUGCCGCAGAUUCAGUAACAUGACAUAUGUAAAUGGGAUUAUGACACUCAUGGUUUUAUUCCUUUUAACAGACGACUCUCUACUCAACAGAACGUGAGCUCUGUCGUGGUUAUGGACAGGCAACUUGUCGUAAGCUAACAGACAGAAUCACUUCUAUGCUGCAUCAGUUAAAUCUUUUUGUAAACAACAUUAUAUACAAGUAGAAGACAGAUUUAUUCCAUAUUGUGUUCGUUGGCUCUAAGAAUAGGUAGAAAUGGAACUCCAACCUUCUUGAAAGUCAAAAUAAGUUCUUAUUUAGGAUGUAACGUCAAUAUUGGUGGUUUGUCUCUUUAUAGGAGUCGAAAAACUCGACGAUGGCUCAGUUGAUUAUAGAACUACUCUGCGCAAACCCGAGACUGGCCGGUACAGUUUCGCAUUUUGUCAGACCACCGGAGACUUCCUCGAGUACAUCAUCGACUGGGAAGGUUAG